AUGCCGGAGAUGCUUCCUUGUCCACUUAAACUGCCAAAAUCUGCAGCUAACCCUGCAUUUGAUCCACACGAACGAACGGAUGCUGCCGAUAUAAAUACGCCGGGUCCGUCUUGUGCACACUUCAGACCCAUAUUGGAUGCACCGAUACGUUGUGUUGAUGGUAUGGAUGUGCUCGUUGAAUCCGGUGCACAAACAAACGUGCUUGAAGAUGAGGAUUAUCAACGUCUGUCUGAUUUCUCCUCUAUUAUGGCUGAUCUUCAACCUCGAACGCGUUCAAAUCGUCGCCGUGGUCGUUAG